GUUCACCUUCACUUCAGGAGCUUAUCUCUGAAUGCAGAGGAAGAUUACACUUUUUAAACAACAGAUCUGGUGAAGAACAAAAAGCCACGUUUAGAAGGGAGCUGGUAGAUGCCAUUGACACAAUGGUGGAGGAAAAUGGUGGAAGAUGUUACACUACCCAAAUAUUAGAGAAGGCUGAAGCCAUCAUGAAGAAGAAAGAAAACGAACUGAAGAAAGAGAUUGCGAAAGGACGUAGACCAGAAAGGGAAACGUUACAGCAACAGUUAGAAAAAAUCUUUAAUAAAGACAACCCACAGCUCGUGAAGAUGACAACGGUGAACACAGGAAAUGCAAAAGACGUUGCGCAGAAGACUCUAGAAAGACUAGAGACUAAAUAAAUGGAACUCAAGCGCAAGUUUAAAAAAGUCAAAGAUGAAGUGGACAAGCAGCUGAGAGAGAAAGAGGACGAGUUAAAGAAGCUUAAGGAAGAUAAUGAACGGCUGGUGGAAGCAGAACAACAGAAGUUGCAUGAGGAGAAGCUGAAGGUUGAAGAGGCGAAAAGGUUAAAGGAGGAGAUAGACGAGAUAGAAAUGAAGGACGAAGAAGAGGCAAGAUUCCAAGCAAGGGAGGAAAUUGAGGAGGAAAAGGGAUUCUUUGAUGUCUUUCGAAUUGAUUGGAAUAGACUGAAAAGCAUGUUCACUCGUCUAACCAACAAAUAAGGUUCAACUCGUCACGGUCCAGUCAUCGUGCCACCUCACCUACUCAACGCUGGACUGCAGUCUGCCGCUCUACGUGAGUUCUUUGAGUUUGAGCUCGCUGGAGAAUGUGAUGUCUGUAAAUCUUCUUCUCUUUUAUAUUAAUCCUAUGCUCUUAUAAUACCAUCUAUUGAUUUGGUACAUGAUGUGUCCCAAGUAUCUGCAGGCAAAGUCACACGUUGAAAGUGUUUUAGACAGUAUGAUUUUCAUGCAAUAGAGGGAUAAAGUAGUAAUCUGCAGAUAUUACAGAUAUCAUAUUACACCUCAAUGUACAUAUCUGCCUAGGAGGAAUGUAAUUGUUUAACAGUAUUUGUGAGUAGCUCACCUUCAUGUAUGCAUUGUGAUACGUAUAUCUCCAAUAUUGGU